UUUGCUAAAAUUAAGUUAUUCAAUUACCGAAAUUAUUUUAUUGAGGUGUUAAACAAGCAUUUGCUUCUCACUUCAAAACCUAUGAUCUAUCUCAUAAAUAUGACCGAAAAAGAUUAUCUCAAGAAAAAAAAUAAGUGGUUAACAAAAAUUAAAGCCUGGGUUGAUGGCAAUGAUGCGGGUGCAUCCGUAAUCCCUUUUAGUGCUGGAUUGGAAUUACGGCUAACAGAAAUGAAUAAAGACGAGAAAAAGAGCUUUUUGGAAGAAAACAAAACUCACAGUAUGUUGGACAAGAUAAUCACAACGGGCUACAAAGCGUUGCAUUUGAUUUACUUCUUUACCUGUGGCAAAGACGAAGUCAAAGCGUGGACCAUACAGAAAGGAACGAAGGCGCCUCAGGCGGGCGGAAAAAUUCACACCGACUUUGAAAAAGGCUUCAUUAUGGCAGAAGUGAUGAAAUACGAGGAUUUUAAAGAGGAAGGCUCGGAAGCGGCAGUAAAGGCAGCGGGAAAAUACCGACAGCAAGGACGUAACUACGUGGUGGAAGACGGAGACAUCAUCCUUUUCAAAUUCAAUGCCGGAGCUGGCCUACAGUCCAAAAAGAAGUAGACUUGUAUAAACUGCAAUCUCCUUUUUUCGUACCACGCAGAUCACUCACGGAGGCUGCUUUGUUAAAUAUAUUUAUGUUUAAAGUUGGAAUAAAUGACUUGAAAUGA